GGGCGCAUGAAGAAGGGUGUGCAGGCACAACAACAUACCCAGUUUGAUCUCGCAAGUAGGCUCUGGUCAUCCACACCUUACCCCUAGCUUGUGAGAGGUAGAGAAGCUGUUUCCGAUUUGCCUAAACAUUAUCCACCACAGCUUGACGACAAUGUGGGUGGACGCAAAAUUGAACCGGAUGAGAUGAUGAGUCAACUUAUGCAAACCUCAUCCCGAGAACCAAAAGUUGUGGCAAUUGUAGGCAUGGGGGGCAUUGGGAAGACAACUUUUGCCAGAAGAUUUUAUAAUGAUCCAAUAAUUGAAGCUCAUUUUUAAAUUCGGGCAUGGGUUACUAUGUCAAAAGAAUAUUGCAUUAGAAAAAUUCUCCUAAAGCUUUUUCAUUGUAUUGAUGAAGCACUUGCAUCAGAAUUUGAAACAGAUUGCGAAAAAAGUGAUGGUGACCUAGCAGCAGAAUUCAAAAAGAAAUUGCAAAGAGGCAGAUACCUAAUUGUCAUUGAUGAUAUAUGGAGCACCAAUGCUUGGGAUGAUAUAAGUCAGUGGUUUCCUGAUUACAAAGGAAGUCAGAUCUUACUUACCACUAGGUGCGGAAAUGUAGCAAGCUAUGCUGCUCACGGUAGUUGUCCUCAUCAAAUGUCUCCUUUAAAUCCAACUGAAAGUUGGGAACUAUUUCAAGAUAAGAUUAAUGUGAAAGAACAAUUCUCUCUGGAAUUUGUGGAAAUUGGGAAAAAUAUUGUUUACAGUUGUCAAGGCCUUCCUCUAUCAAUUGUUGUAGUUGCGGGCUUCUAUCCAAAUGCAGCAAUGCACUAGACAGAUGGCAGCAAGUUGAACAAAAUGUAAAAUCAGCAAUAUUUGAAGAUUCUCAUCAGCAAUGUGAAAAGGUCCUUGCUUCAAGUUACCACAAUCUACCCCGGCACCUAAAAGCUUGCUUUCUAUAUUUUGGGCUAUUUCCUGAAGACACUGAGGUUCACGUGGAUAGAUUAAUCGAGCUAUGGAUUGCAGAGGGCUUUCUAAAGGAAGCUUCUGAUAAAAGUUUGGAAAGCGUAGCUGAAGGAUAUCUACAUGAGCUUAUCGACAGAAAUUUGGUUUUCAUAAGCAGACAUAAUUUCUGUGGAGAAAUGAAAACAUGUAAGAUCCAUGAUCUUUUACAUGAGUUGUGCUUGCGAGAAGCUCAAAGUGAAAAUUUCCUAUUUGUCUUCCCACGAUCCAUACAGGUCUGCCAAAAGGAAUGUCGUCGGACCUUUGUCCAAUCAAUUUGUGACUAUGAUAGGAAAACCUCUUAUCCCUUCGAUCCAAAGAAAGUCCGGACUUUCAUCUAUUCUGGUAAUAUUUUGUUCAAAGAUUUGAACAUAGAUAGGUUAUUUGUCUACGGAAUUCUCAGUAUGAUCAGAGUAAUGUCCUUAGGUAACAUCAUUGUAGGUGACUUAGGUUAUCUUCGUAGUACUUACCCAACUAGACCAUCCUAUUUUGUGCAUUUAAGAUAUCUAUCCUUGGCGAUUCGUAAUAGUUCUGCAUUUCUCCUUAUCCCCAAGCUUCAUAAUCUGCAGACUUUGAUUGUUCAAAUAGGCUCUUUUCACCUUUCCAAUUUACCUAUAUAUUUGGAUAUUUGGACGUUGCCACAAUUAAGGAACCUUCACUUAGUGAAAAUAAAAGGAAGUCCCCCAUUUCCCCUGAUUAUUCUAGCUGUCCAAAUGGAGCGUGCAGUUUUGGAACAUCUACAUACUAUAACUGGAGUUGCUCCUGCAUGGUGUGCAAAUGAUACCUUUGCAAGUAUGCCUAACUUGAAGAAGUUGUGGAUUCGUUUUGACGAACUUCAUGAAAUCAGAAGUCCAUCUUUUGAUCUUUCAUGUUUACUUGUAGUUCAGGGCCUUGAGGCAGUUAAAAUUAAAUUUGAUGCUGCCUAUGAGCUCUGUUCGGUGAGAUUGCUGCGUCCCUUAACCCCUCAACGUUUUCUUAGAAAAAACAUUUUUCCACUAACCCUCAAGAAGCUGACAUUAGUCAAAUCACGUUUUUCAUGGAAAGAUAUGGACAUUGUUGGUACGCUGCCUAAUCUUGAGGCACUCAAACUGAAAAACCAUGCAUGCGCUGGUAAUGAAUGGAAACCUGCUGCCGGAGGGUUCUCUGUGUUAAAGUUCUUGUCACUUGACUGCAUAAGAUUCACCAAGUGGAAAGCUACCGACGAAAAUUUCCCUGUCCUUGAGCGCCUAUGUAUAUCCCAGUGCUGGGAGCUAAAAAAGAUCCCAGAAGAAUUUGCAUAUAUUUCAACACUGCUAGUGAUUGAGUUGGAUUAAUGUUCUCUUGGCCUUGCGAAAUCAGCACAACAGAUUUCGCAAGAGCAAGAAGAGUGCCUUGGAAGCAGAGGGACCAGAGUUUGUGUGUCCAGAAUCAAAACGAUGCCCCAUGACAAUUCAGAUAGUGAUGAGGAGCUCAAUGAGGAUCAAGCCUCAGAACUUCUGGAGUUCAGAUAUUAUACUUGUACCAAAGAUUUGAACGAUUAAGCUUGAAUCUGCUCCUAAUCAGAUAUCAACCAAUAAAGAUUUUCCUAGAAGAUAAGGCAGCUGAAAGCGACCUCUAAAAACCCGUUCAAGCUUAUAAGCAAGGUUUGAUUAUGAACAUUGAACACAUUCAGUUGACAUCUUUUAGAGUUGUACUAAAGGUAACGUGGAUGUUGUUGGAUUUCGAUGGUGAUCAGGUUCGUACAAAGCUUGCACAGUCAUUGAGCAAGGGGAAUUUGUAUUGAGACUGAAUUGUUGCAGUAAUUUUCUAAUACAGAGGCUCUUGGAUCUUCAACUAACAAGGUGAACCAAUUUUUUUUUUUGGACGAAAGAGAGAGAGUUGGUAGAAGCUCAAAGCUGCAUUGAAACAGCAGCAUGCUAAAGGGAAUUUUUUCUAGCCAAAACUCCAAGGAGGAAUAGUCAAAUCUCAGGCAGCAUUUCUGUUUUUAGUGUAUUGAUUCUUGUCCUUUAUUCUGUUUAAAUUUUCUUAAUUUGAACAUAAAUUAGGGAGUAAUACUCAUUUCUCUUCAUUUGAAGAUAUUUUAACUUUGCAUUUAUCUGAAAAGAAGAUUAUUAUGAAGUGUGUUUGGGGUGGGCAAUUCCAUUGGAUAUAUUUUAGUGCAUAAGUCAAUAGAUUCUACUGUUUGUCCCACCUUAAUUUUGUAAUUAGGAAUUAUCUGAUGCCAACAACACAGAAA